AUGUCAAACGACAAAAUCGGAGCAGCAAAAUCCAUCUUGAUCACAGGCUGCUCCAAAGAUGGCUUGGGAUACGAGCUCGCCAAGUCUAUGUUCGCCGCUGGAUGGAUAGCUCGUGAUAUGCCCAAGCUUGAAGGACUCGCGCCAGGCAUCCUUCGAGUGGAGCUCGAUCUCAUCGAUGCAGCUAGCGUCGGUCGUGCCGCUGAGAAAGCUUUAGCACUCAGUCAUGGCCGAGUUGACGUCAUUGUGCACAACGCGGGCGUCAAAAUUCUGGUCCCUUUGAUCGAACAGACGCAGAGGCAGAUCGCAGAGCAGUCGAGAUUAGCGUUGGACGGACCUCUACUCCUAACGCAGGCGCUCAUUCGGCCUCUUGUGGACCAUGGGGACGGCCAGUUGGUGUCCAAGUCCGGGCGCCGGGGGAUAUCAGUCUUAAAGGCCGCUCAUCAUGCCUUGUCAGAUGCGCUUCGCGCAGAACUUCGCCCCUUUGGUGUCGACGUCAAGGUUUUGCGCUUGGGUGCAGUGAACACACAGCUUUUCAAAGACGUCCAGGACCUCCCGUCCACGUCGCUGUACGCCAAGGCCGCCGAUCUUCCACGCAGGACUUUGAAAUCUUUUCUAGCUAUGAAGCCCAUAGAAGUGACAUUGGCUAGCGAUUGGCUAGCGUCAAGGAUAGUUGCGGGCGACGCAAAGAACUACGAGUAUUUCGGGCCAAGCGCGCGUCUAAUGGGCCUCGCGUACUAUUUCAAGCGAGACUUGUUGCCAAACCUUGUUGCAAAACGCCAUGGCUUGGGCAGAGUCGAGACUUCCCAAGCUAUCGCAAGGCACGGCAAACGGUACUGA